UUUUCCGCUGCGCCCUAAGCGCAGAGCGCGCGCUUUUACGCGCGGGGACUGGACGGAAUCGGAGUGACUUCUCUUUUCUACCCCCCUCUUUCCCUCGGAGCGUGUUGUUCCGGGUCGGAAGGGCUGCAUCAUGGCGGCGCCCAUGGAGCUGUACUGCUGGGCUGGCGGCUGGGGGUUGCCGUCGGUGGAUCCCGACUGCCUGGCCGUUUUGGUGAGCCUUGGAGAGCGAGGGGCGUGGAGCGGGGGACCCCCUCUCCAAACGCGGGCGCCGCUGGCUCUCCCCAAAAGCUUUGCCCUUUGGGACGCAGCCUCUGCCUCUCCCCUGGCACGGUGGGGAGGACUUGGGGAAAGACGAGGGGCCACGUCUUUACCUCCUGGCUGCUCUUCGCCCUUUCCCUGGGCCAACUUCAGUCCCCAGCGCUGCUCCGGUGCUUUUUAGCAGGCAGAAAGUUGGCAGCGUUGGAGCUUUCGAAGCCCUUAAGCAAAGCAGGAUAUUAUAAGAAGCAAAGCGCCCAGGAUGACGGUUUCCCCCUUCCCCGCCUUUUUAAAACUAAGGAGCAGGGCCAGUUUAAGAAAAUAGAAAAGGUUGACAAGCAGACCUGCAAUUCCCAGGGGGUUGUUAAUAUUUUAAAGGAAUAUGUAACCCUUAAACUUUCUCCCUUUCCUCCAUGACCUUCUACCAUAUGGCAAAAGGUCUUUUAGCUAAUUAUGGGCCAGUGCUGUGUUUAUAGCUGUGAUUUAGUCACUGACUUUGGGUUUAUUUUUCCCCCCUGGGGUGGCUCUUAGGCUUGUUUGCAGCCUCCCCCUUGCAAUCAUAUUUUUAAAAGUUUAUUUUUAAUCUGCCGAUUUGACAGAUUGACGGAGGCUAUGACUUAUCAGGGGCUACUGCCAAACCAGUUGGGCCUACCACAUUAGACAGAACAGUUAUUGGAAAUCACAAGUGGAGAGACAGCUGCUGUUGCGCCCGGGUCCAGCUUACGGGCUUCCCACUGGGGCAACCGGUUGCCCUAGAGCUAGAUGGGCCACUGGGCUGAUUGGUCACGGGUUCCCCCAAAGAAUUCUGGGAGCUGUAGUUUGUUGAGGGUCUCAGAGCGGUUAGGAGACCCCUGUUCUCCUCACGGAGCUAUAAUUCCCAGAGUUCCCCAGAGAGAGGGAUUGAUGGUUAAACCACUCUGGGAAUUGUAGUUCCAGAAUAGGUGUCUCCUCCAAACAAUUCUCUUCAUCCCUUCACAAUCCCUUAACAAACUACAGCUCCCAGAGUUCUUUGGUGCAGGGGGAAGCCAUGACUGUGUAAAGGGGUAUCAUAGCACUUUAAAUGUGUUGUGUGAAUUAGGGUUGGGAAGACUGGCGUUCAGCCAUGGAGCUCAAGCGUGCUUGAUCACUUAUUGCUUCAUAGCCUUGCCUACCUCACAAGAUUGUUGUAGGGGGGAGAGGGGAUUUUAUAAGCCACUCUGAUCUCCUUGAGGAAAUGUAAAAAAUAAAUACACUACACAAAAGCUCAGUUUGUUUCCCCCCCUCCUUUCCAGACUUAUGCCCGUUUCACAGGUGCACCCCUCAAGGUUCACAAAAUCACAAAUCCUUGGCGAAGCCCCUCAGGUAAGAUUUUCAUGGGAAGCAGGGAAAUUGAGGGACGUCCGCCUCCUUCUUUCUGCACAAGUGGUUGGUAGUAAUGUUUGUUUCUUUUUUUAUAAUUUUUUAAUUAAUUUUCCAACAUAUCAUUUUCAACAGUAAUUAAACACUUUCCUAUCUUACACCAUUUUUUUUUACUUCCAUCAAUCACAUCUGAAAAUUUUCCAGCCUAUUCACUUAAUAUACAUUUCUUACUUCACUAUUACAUUUAUCUCAUAACUAGUAUCUCUGUUCUUUCUCUACUUUGCAGUGUUUCAUACAUUUCUCCUUACAAAACUUCUUGUAGUCCUACUAGCGUAAUUUGUUGAUUACAGUUCCACUUCAAAUAGUUCGUAUAUUUCUUCCAGUCUUCUGUGAAUCUCUGAUCCCUCAAGUUUCAAAUCCUUCCUGUCAUUUUAUCUAAUUCUGCAUAGUCCAUUAAUUUUGUCUGCCAUUCUUCUGUCAGAAUUUCUUCUUGCUUCCAUUUCUGGGCUAACAAUACUCUGGUAGCAGUGUUUCAGAACACCAGUAUUUGGAAAUCACAGGAGGCGCGAGGGCUCUUGAGUUCGGGUUCUGCUUGUGGGUUUUCCAAGAGGCACCUGGUCGGCCGCUGUGAGAACAGGACGCUGGACUAGAUGGGUCAUUGGCCAAACCUUAUUCUUCGUUUUAUUUUUUAUUAGAGCAUACGACACGCAGCGGUUACACAAAAUGAAAAUCAAAAAUAAAACAAUUGCAAACACUCAGAGAAACGUCUUCAAAUGCACUAACAAAGUUAUGUCAGAGUGUAUAUACCAAAACCAUGUCAGUUUUAACAGACACAAAACGAUGCAUCACACCAUAUAUUGGCUUGGAUUGUUGACUACAAAGAGAGAGAUUUUGUUUCAACAGCAGUUAUGAUCUACAGGAGUUUAUAUGAAGGCAGGAGGAAGGAGCAGAAAAUAAUAAUUAAAAUAUGUGCUUUUUGCACACCAAACUGUGCGGUAGACGAUGGGUACAGCUCUCCCACAUGCCUCACUAUUUGUGCAAUUGAAGUCACCCCAGACUGCAUAAAAAUUGUUGUGUUUCUUUUAGCCUCUUGCUACUUUUAAUUUCUCUGUUGGUUUUUCCAAUAAUGCUGUUUGUCCAAUUGCAUUAUGACAUUGGUCCAUAUUGAAUAAUUGCAAUGAUUUCCAUGUCCUGGCAAUGGUUGUUCUUGCAGCGGUUAACAGAUGUGUUAUGAGUUCUUUUAUUUCUGAUUUGCAACAUAUACAUAUUAAAAAGAACCAGCCAUGGGAACUUUGUGUGCCUUGUGAUCAAAGGUAUCAUUUCCCCAUAACUUUUCCUUUUUUGGGACACUCCCUGAUUCAGUGGGUCACUUGUGAAGGGCUUCAGGGCUGAAACCCAGCUCUCCUAACUGUGCCUGGGAAACAACCCAGUCACCUGCCUCUGACGUCGUCUGUUUGCAGGGACCCUCCCGGCACUGAAGACAAAAGAUGAAGGCAUCAUCUCAGACACUCAGCAGAUCAUCACCCACCUCAGGAAACAGGUACCUCCCUUACAGUCUCCUUGGGAUCGCCUCUGGGGCAAUCUUGGUCGGGUGGGGGCAAAGGUAGGGAGUCCCCCCUGAUUCUGAAAUCACAGUUGCCCAACCUCUCUAGCACUGAUGGACACCCAAGGCCCUUUUAAAAUGCGUUGGGGGGUGGUUAUUGGGUUGUUUUCGUUUUUAUUUAUUGUGUGUUUUCAUUUUGUGAAAUUUUGUUGUAACUGCACUGAGACCUGCGGAUAUGUAUGGAUUUAAGGUGCUUGUUUUGACCUUUAAAGCCCUUCACAGCCUAGGACCCUCGUACCUAUGGGACCGCCUCUCCCGGUAUGCCCCACGGAGGACCUUAAGGUCCAUAAAUAGCAACACCCUAGAGGUCCCGGGCCCUAAGGAAGUCAGAUUAGCCUCAACCAGAGCCAGGGUCUUUUCAACACUGGCUCCGGCCUGGUGGAACGCUUUGCCUCAUGAGACCAGGGCCCUGCAGGAUCUGAUUUCUUUCUGCGGGGCCUGUAAGUCAGAGUUGUUCCGCCUGGCCUUUGGCUUGGAAUCAGUUUGAUUCCCUCCCCCUCUUUUUUUCUCUUGUGAUGGAACUCCUAUUUGGGGACUUCCCUGGCUUUUUCUGGCCCAUGUAGGACCAGUCUGGAUAGUUAGCCUUGGUGAAGACCUGAUGUUUUCAUCUCCCAAAAAGUUUUUGAUUUGAGUUUCCAUUGAAAUGAGGCUGCAUUUUAAUUUAAAUGUUUCAAUGUUGUAUUUUAAUCUUGUUUUUAAGUUGUAUUUCAAUCAAUUUGUUUUUAUAUCGGUUGUUAGCUACCCUGAGCCCGGUCUUGGCUGGGGAGGGCGGGGUAUAAAUAAAAUUUAUUGUUAUUAUAUAUAGGGUUGUAUACAAAUUUAAUUAAACAAACAAACACUGCCCUGUGAUCUUUUGAUAAAGGGUGGUAUAACAACAACGACAACAAUCUGAUAAUAAUUUGAUGGUAAUUAAACAUAAAUAAUAAUAUAAACCCACCACAUGGGCCCAAAUGUGCCAGCAGCACCCCCUCCCCAUGCCAGAUCUUAAGGGAGCUGUGGGAGACUUCCGUCCUUGCCCUGAUCCUCUCUCCCCCCACUCGACCGCAGAAAUUCAACGCAGACUACGACCUCUCGGCUCGGCAGGGAGCCGACACGCUCGCCUUCGUGUCCCUGUUGCAGGAGAAGCUCCUGCCUGUGCUGGUGAGUCGGGGCAGGUGGGAGAAGUUGCUGCGUUGAUCGUGGGGCCCUCACCCACCCUACACUCCAGGCUUGUAGGGUCGGAGCCCAAACAGGCUAACCCCAUUGUGUUUGUGACUGACGGGUUUGACUUUCCCUUUCAUGCAGGAAAGGGAAGCCGAGUUUGAAUGAAUAAAAACAAUAGAUUAUGCAGCCACACACACAAAAAACACCCCUGCUUCUUCUCGCAGCAGCACAUAGUUAAACUAUGGAACUCGCUGCCACAGGAAACAGUGAUGGCCAAAAAGAGGGUUGCAGAGAUUCACAGAGGACAAGACUAUCAGUGGCUGCUAGCCGUAAUGGCUAUGCUGUGCCUGAAUGGCUGGAGGCAGUAAUAAUUCUGAAUACAAGUUGCUGGAAGCCACAAGAUGGGAGAGUGCAGUUUGACUUCCUUCCCCCUCUUUCUGCGGUUCCUUAAAUUUAUUUUUUAAUAUCUUCUGCAUAUCCAAAUUCAUUUAAUUUGCUCAUUUAAUUAUCUACUUUAAAUAUAUACUCUUACGAAUCCGCAGGUUAUUACAAUAAUCCUGCUAAUGUUUUUAUCUGUUUGCAAUUUAUUUGUACAUAUUCAAUAAACCAUUUCCAUUCUUUUAUUAAAAAAAAGUUUGUUAUCUUGAUUUCUUAUUCUUCCGGUAAGUUUUGCCAUUUCUGCAUAUUCCAUAAGUUUUUGUCUCCGUUCUUCCUUCUUUCCAUUUUGGGGCAAGUAACAUUCUUGCUGCUGUAGUAGCACACAUAAAUAAAUUUCUAUACAAUUUAGGUGGUUCUGUCCCUAUAAUUCCCAAAAGAAAAGUUUAUUUUGUUCUUAACCAUGAGGACCAGAAACUUAAAAGAGUAGCAAAGCUGCUGUUGCACCCAAACGUGGCAUCAGGCACAUGGUUAGAUGUUGCGUUCAGCCCCUGGGUCAAGGAAGCAAGGUUAGGUACAGCCAGUGUUGUGUAGUGGUUAGAGGCAGGGCUGUCUUUAGCCCAGGGGUCAGCAACCUUUUUCAGCCGUGGGCCGGUCCACCGUCCCUCAGACCAUGUGGUGGGCUGGAUUAUAUUUUUUGGGGAAAAUGAACGAAUUCCUAUGCCCCACAAAUAACCCAGAGAUGCAUUUUCAAUAAAAGGACACAUUCUACUCAUGUAAAAACACGCUGAUUCCCGGACCAUCUGCAGGCCGAAUUUAGAAGGCGAUUGGGCCGGAUCCGGCCCCUGGGCCUUGGUUUGCCUACCCCUGCUUUAGCAUAUGCGCCUCCGGAGUGCAAAGAUCCGCCCACUGCCCCCAAAUUUAGUUUAGCCCCCAAAUUAACUAUUAUUAUGCUUAUGUCACUAUUAUCAUUUGAUAAACAGCGCUCACGCCUGUGUGGAUCCAAAAUGAGGUUUUUUUGUGGGUUUUAUUUAAAGCCAGCUUUUCUAAAGAAGACAAAGAACACAUUGGGAGUCGGUGUAAAGACUCCACGCAUGCGCUUACAGUCAUAGGGAGGUGUCUGAAAGAUGAGACAGGAGAGCAUUGUGCGCAUGCGUGGGAGAGCCAUUUCGGGCAGCCUUUCAUUGUGGGAGCAUUAUGGCUAGCAAUUUCUAGAGGAGCUGGAAAGGCCCUUGUGAGCGCACAUAUACAACUUCUUGGGAAGGUUCCGGAGCCUGUGCGCGCUCCGUCACUAGAUAAGUGCGUUCUCCUUCUGUCUGUCUCUCCCUCUUUCUUUCUUUCUUUUUUUGAAUUUGCAUUUCAUUUAUUUGUUAAUAUUCUUACAUUACAUCGGUAAACGUUGCCAUAUUACAUUACAGGACUUACUAUAACAAUAAUUUACAACAUGUAUACAAAAAUUAUAUACAAAUUUUAUAUACCUAGAAAGAAAAUGAAACCAAAAAAAAGAAAGAACAAGGAGAAAAAACAAAAACAAAUUCCCCCCUAAAAUCAUAUACAUACCAACACACUAGACUUCCUGUCUUUCCCGUUGUAUAUUCCUUUUUUACAUAUGAAUGUACUCUUAUUAUUGUAUAUUUCUUUACAUAUUAUCUAAUACAUUCCUAUAUCAGUAUAAUAAUAAUAAUAAUAAUAAUAAUAAUAAUAAUAAUUUAUUUAUACCCCGCCCAUCUGGCUGAGUUUCCCCAGCCACUCUGGGCGGCUCCCAAUCAAGUGUUAAAAACAGUACAGCGUUAAAUAUUAAAAACUUCCCUGAACAGGGCUGCCUUCAGAUGUCUCUUAAAGAUAAGAUAGCUGCUUAUUUCCUUCACAUCUGAUGGGAGGGGGUUCCACAGGGUGGGCGCCACUACCAAGAAGGCCCUCUGUCUGGUUCCCUGUAACCUCACAAUGAGGGAACUGCCAGAAGGCCCUCGGCGCUGGAUCUCAGUGUCCGGGCUGAACGAUGGGGGUGAAGACGCUCCUUCAGUAUGUGCUCUUAGUCUUAUUUCUCAACUCAGUCUCACUCCAACGUCAAUCAAAUGCUUUCCUGUCACUCCCCUCCCGCCCGGCUUUGGUGAGCGAGACUUUCCAGAGAGCUCUCCCUGAGCCUGGGGCCCCCCAGAAUCUGGCGUCCGGGUGCCUCGCACCCCUUCACCCCCGGGUAAAGAUGGUCCUGGUUAGAGGGCUAGACUAGGACCUGGGAGAGACCAGGGUUCAAAUCCAGACGUGAAACUCACUGGGUGACCUUGGGCCAGCCUCUGCCCCUCAGCCUAACCUACCUCACAGGUUUGUUGUGGGGAGAGAACUGAGGAGUGGGGAGAGAAAGGAAGGAUAUACCGUAUUUUUCGCUCUAUAAGACGCACAUUUCCCCCUUCAAAAAUUAAGGGGAAAUGUGUGUGCAUCUUAUGGAGCGAAUGCAGGUUCCUUGGCUUCAGUGAUAGCAGCGUGAAGCCUCCGAAGCGCAGAGGGAGCGCUCCCACCACGCUCUGGAGGCUUUGCGUUGCUUUUGCUGAAGCCGUCUGAAGUGAACUCCUGCUGCGCUCUGGGGGCUUCAGGCAGCUAUCUGCAAGCCUUCGGAGCGCAGCAGGAGUUCCCGCUGCGCUCUGAAGGCUUGCGGAUAGCCACCUGAAGCCUGGAGAGCGAGAGGGGUCAGUGCACACCGAUCCCUCUUGCUCUCCAGGCUUCGCUUCGCUGGAGAGGCGCUGCACAGUUUUCCCUCUUCGCAGCGCCCCUUCAGUGAAGCGGGAGGAGAAAUGGAAGGGGCUCUGUUUCUCUUCCCGCUUCGCUGAAGGGGCGCUGAGCAGAGAGGGGGAGAAUGUUUUCCCCUGUUCUCCCCCUCCUAUGGUCCGGUGUGUCCUAUGGUCCGGUGCGUCCUAUAGAGCGAAAAAUACGGUAAAUGCAGAAAACAAUAAAGAAAGGGAGCUGUUGUCCCACCAGGCUUCUUUUUCUCCGACAGAUCCACACGUUCUGGGUGGAUGCCAAAAACUAUGUGGAGCACACCCGGAAAUGGUACGGGGAGGCCAUCCCUUUCCCGCUGAACUUCUUCCUCCCGGGCCGCAUGCAGAAGCGGCAGCUGGAGCGGCUGCAGAUGGUCUGCGGGGAAAACUGCCUGGACAACGAAGAGGAGCUGGAGAAGGAGGUCAGUGGGUGCAGGAUGAGGUCGCAACAAGCAGGGGCAGCAACAGCAGGGUGGUGGAGAACUUCAGAGGCGGCCCUCCUGCCCUCUCCCCCUGGCCCUCGGAACUCUUCCGAGGCCCCGCCUCCUUUUCUCAGGGCCACACCCUCUGCUGGCCCCGAUUCGCCCUUCCUUGAACUCUGAUCUUUGCCUCUUGCUUGCCUGGACAGAGGGUCUUUUCCGCAGCCCAAAGAAGCAGGCCCUGGUUCUUAGGGGGAUGAGGUGUUUGGGAGGUUUAUGUCAAGGGACAGGGCUUGAGAAUGGCAAGGGUCACAGCCUGACACCGUUUGUCUCUCCCUGUGCCCCACAGCUGUACCGGGAAGCCCGUGAGUGCCUGACGCUGCUGUCCCAACGCCUUGGCAGGCAGAAGUUCUUCUUUGGAGAUUCGUAAGUUCGCCGUUUGUGAGCGGAAGUAUAGGCUCCCAUGAGGGCGUGCGAAGUCCCUUAGGAACUGGAAUCCCUGCAGUUCUUUAAUGUCUCCUUACUCUGCCGUGAGUGGGAGCACACUCUGCCCAUGCUCAGAGGCACUGUCUUCUUUCACAUUAAUUUAGCCAAACGCUGGCGACGCUUGCCAUUUAUUUACUGUGUUUAUAGACAACCUUUUCUUCCAAGGAGCUCAAGGUGGCACAUGUGGUAAUAAUAAUAAUAAUAAUAAUAAUAAUAAUAAUACGUUCGUACCUUGUAAGUCGAACGGAAUCCGUUCCGGAAGUUCGUUCGACUUCCAAAACGUUCGGAAACCAAAGCGCGGCCACUGAUUGGCUGCAGGAAGUUCCCUCAGCCAAUCGGAAACCACGGAAGCCCCGCCGGACAUUCAGGUUCCAAAGAAUGUUCGCAAACUGGAACACUCGCUUCUGGGUUUGCGGCAUUCGGGAGCCAAAACGUUCGACUUACAAGGUGCUUGGGAUCCAAGGUACAACUAAUAAUAAUAAUAAUAAUUUAUUACUUACCGUAUUUUUCGCUCCAUAAGACGCACUUUUUCCCUCCUAAAAAGUAAGGGGAAAUGUCUGUGCGUCUUAUGGAGUGAAUGCAUGGUCCCUGGAGCCGAAUUGCCCAGGGGCAAAAAGCAGAUGAUGCUUUUUUUUUUUUAAAGAGGGAAGUGAGUGUUGAAACAAAGCCGCUAAUCGCAAGCGAGAUAAGGGACACUAGCAAUAAAGGAGGCUGCCUGGGAGGGGGGAGGUAAAGACAGAGAGGAGACAGGAAAAUUAAAGCAAUGAGGAGAGAAAUUAGAAGAAAAGGAGGAGCAAAAAACUGCUCCAGAUAAGGAAAAGACACUAAGGCAAACAAGAGGGAAGGGGGUGUUGAAACAAAGCCGCUGAUCAGCAAGGGAUCGGGAGAGAGAUAAGGGAGGCUAGCGAUAAAGGAGGCUGCCUGAGAGUGGGGAGGUAAAAGCACAUGGAUCCUCAGGAUUGUUGCAUUGGGUCACCCAAAUUCACCAGCAGAUCACAUAGCAUGUCCAUGGCUACAGCCUGCACCAAAAAAACCACGCAUCCACUGUUUCGUGGGGCCGCAGUGGCACAGAAACGUGGUUACAAAGCACGGAUCCACAUGGAUUCUCAGGAUUUUUGCAUUAGGCUACCCCAAACUCACCGUCAAAUCACAUAUCAUGUCUGUGGCCACAGCAUGAACCACAAAAAUCAUACAUCCACUGUUACGUUCAGAAUAUAUUUUUUCUUGUUUUCCUCCUCUAAAAACUAGGUGCGUCUUAUGGUCAGGUGCAUCUUGUGGAGCGAAAAAUACUGUAUAUGGUUCUCUUUCCCUCCUCAUUUAAUCUCCAUUUAUUCUUUUCAUUGUGUAUCAUUUUGGUAAGUUUGGGUUGUGAAGUGGUUUGUAAACCUGCAGACAUACCAGUGUGUCGGCCACAGGAUUUGAACCCUGGACUCCCAAGUCCACCACACUGCUGAGAGGAGAGGGUUAGCCUUCGCCUCUUGCCCUCCUGGGGAUUCCCUCACCUCUUCUGUUCUUUCUUUCUUUCCUCCCUCCCUCCCUCUCUUUUCAGGCCUGCCUCCCUGGACGCCAUUGUCUUCAGCCACUUGGCCCCGCUCCUGAAAGCCAAACUGCCCAACGGGAAAUUCCAGCAGCACCUCAAGUCCCUCCCGAACCUCUGCAAUUAUUGCACGUCCAUCUUAAGUCUCUACUUCCCCUGGGAUGAAGGUGGGUGCUUGGUUCUGUCGCCUGGGGGGGGGGAGCGAGGAAGGGACCCAGGGUAGGAGAGGAGGAAGGAACCACAGCAAACCCCAAGCGGCCGGAAAAAAAUUGGCAAAAGAUCAAGAUGGUGCUGGAAAAUUCAUUAUUUAUAAUAGCCAAUAAUACAAUAAUUUUAAUAAUAAAUUAAUUAUUUGUACCCAGCUCAUCUGGCUAGGUUGCCCCAGCCACUCUGGGCGGCUUCCAAGAAAUAUAAAAGCAUAAUAAAACAUCAAACAUUAAAAACUUCCCUAUACAGGGCUGCCUUCAAGUGUCUUCUAAAAGUCAAAUAGUUGUUUAUUUUCUUGACAUCUGAUGGGAGGGCAUUUUACAGGGUGGGCACCACUGCUGAGAAGGCCCUCUGCCUGGUUCCCUGUCAACUUAAUUUCUUGCAGCGGGGGAUAUAUAUUGCGUUUAUAUCUUACCUUCUCCAGUGAGCUCAAGGUGGCGUACAUGGUUCUCUGCCCCAUUUCUUAUUUAAUCCCCACAACAACCCGGUGAGGUAGGUUAGGCUGGGAGGCACCCAGUGACUUUUCACGGACGGGGUGGGGAUUUGAAUCCUGAUCUCUCCCUAAUCCUAGUCUGACACUCUAACCAUGAUGCUGACAAAUCAGGCAUUUCAAAUCCAUUGACUGAUUUCUUAUGUAAUGUAUUAUUUUAGCAAUUUAGGCAUGUUUCUUAGUUUCCACUCAGAAGAAGACCCAUUGAAAUGAAUAGCCCUUAAAUUAGUCAUGCGCAUUACUUCAGCAGGUCUGAUCUUGAGGGCGGCCAGCAGGGGGGCUUAUUUUUAUUUAACAACAUUUAUAUACCAAUAUUUCUUUUUUUGAAAAGCAACAACAGCAACCCCCCUCUAAGUGGUUUGCAGCACCCCAAUCAGAUGGGUGUCACAUUAAUAAUAAUAAUAAUAAUAAAUAAAUAAAUAAAUAAAUUAUUAUCAAGAAAAUACAAGCUAAAAGUACGUAUUGAAAAUAUUCCAAACAGUGAUUUUAAAACCAACGGUAGCUUAAAAAGAAAUAAAAUGAUUUCUGCAUGUCUGGAUAACUUGCUGUGAUGGGAUGAGGAGCUGCUUGUGCGUAAAAUAGUAUCCCCUCAGAGUUUGUUCAAGUCCACAAACCUCUGUCUGUGACGGAGCCCCUCAGACAUGGCUCCUCUAGUCACUAGCAGAUUCCGACAGUGGUUGCUUUCGGAAUCGCUUCCAACAUAAAAGCUCCUUAACGGAAACACGUCUUCUGGACUCUCUGCGUGACAGUUUCCGGCGAGGAGUGGGUGUUCCUACAGGAGGUCCUGAAACCUCCCCACUGUUUUCGCUGGAAGUGUCUCUGAGCCAUCCCUCCAGCUCACUUUCCCUCAGCUCAGCUCCUCUCCCACUACUGGUUCCCUCUUCAGCUGCUGAGUCUCUCCCAACCUGUGUGAGCCCUUUCACCUCCCUUCCUUCCGAUGGCAGUUCCCUGACAUCCACCUCCCCUCCAGGGCCCCUUUCACCCCCUCUCGCCCCCUCCUCUACGGGCGGUGAGGAGGCAAACCCCGGAAUGAACUUCCUUCAUCUUCCGAUGUCUCGAACACUUCUCUCCACCUGUUGCGGUUCCUGGUCUCGAGUACUCCUCCUCCUCAGAGUCCAUCUCCCUUUCCCCUUCCGAGUCCGGGAAUCCUUCCAACUCCUCCUCCUCAUCAGUGGUCCCAAAGUAUUCCCUCCGGAACCUCUCCACAGGCUGAGGUUUCCUUGGGAACCUUUGAUGGAACGUUUCUAUCAAUACCUCGUCAUUGAUAUCUUCGGCCAUUACCCAAGUGUUUUCUGACUCCGGUUCUCCUUCCCACGCUACCAAAUACUCCACCUGAUCCCCCUUCCACCUGGCGUCGAGGAUUUCUGCCACAUGGCUGCUGCAUUCUCUUUCUUCUAUGACCGGUCCCCGAGUGGCCAUCCCUUCUCGUCCCCCUUCGUACGGUGACAGUAACGACCUGUGAAAUACUGGGUGCAGUUUCAUGUGGUUGGGUAACCGGAGCCUGAAAGCCACUGGGUUGACCUGUUGAAUGACCUCAAAGGGACCCAACCUCCUGGGUCUUAAUUUCUUACAACCUCCUUUGAACGGCAACCCUUGGGUUGACAGCCACACCCUAUCUCCCACCCUUAUGGUUUCACCUUCCCUUCGGUUCUUGUCUGCCUGCCUCUUGUAUUCUUCCUUCGCCCUUUCUAAGUUGAGUUGGAGCUGACGAUGGAUUGCUUCCAUUUCUUCCACAAAAUGCUCGGCUGCCGGGACGCUCCAUCUCUCCCCAUCUCACCCUGGGAAAGCCCUGGGAUGACACCCAUAAUUAGCCAAGAAGGGGCUCAUCCCUGUGGACACAUUCUCGGCAUUGUUGUAGGCAAAUUCCGCCAGCGCCAACUUUUCUACCCAGUCAUUCUCUCUGUCAUUGACAUAACACCUCAGGUAUUGCUGGAGGACACCGUUUGCUCUUUCCGCCUGCCCGUUGGUUUCAGGGUGCCGGGCAGUCGAAAAAUUGACCUCCACCUGCAGUAAGCUCAUGAGCUUCCUCCAGAACCUGGAAGUAAAUUGUUUUCCUCGGUCUGAGACCACCCUCAAUGGCACCCCGUGCAACCUAAAAAUGUGUUCUACAAAUAACUUCGCUGUCUCUUCCGCCGUGACUGCAUGCGAGCAAGCUACAAAGUGGCACAUCUUUGUUAGUAGGUCUACCACCACCAUGAUGGCUGUUUUCCCUUUGGACUUCGGCAGAUCAGUCAUAAAAUCUAUCGACACUGCCUCCCAAGGUCGUUCUGGGGUUGGUAAGGGUUCUAAUAGCCCCGCCGGCGCCCGCCUUUCCCCUUUGGCUCGCUGGCAUUGCUCGCACCCUCUUACAUACUCACGUACAUCUUCCCUCACCUUAGGCCACCAAAAUUCCCUGGUGACCAACCACAUGGUUUUGUGUUGUCCAAAAUGCCCCGCCGUAGGGCUGUCGUGCAACUGCUUGAGUACCCUCCCCUUAAGUCUCCUUCAGGGAUAUACAGUGCCCCUUUGUAAUACAAAGCUCCAUUUCUUUCCUCGAAACCCCUGGUUCCUCUCCCUCACCCCUAAGACCUCUGAGCUUAUUCUGGGCGUAUUCAUCAUUCUCUGUUUCCUCUACCAGUUCUCUUUGUCCCACCAAUGCCGCCCCACACACCCAGCGGUCCUCUGGAAUGACAUGUCUCUCUUCGGGUGCUCCCUCCCUACAAAUAUUCAGGUUUGCGUGAGAGAGCGUCCGCCCUAAUGUUCUCUGGGCCUGGCACGUAACCAAUCUCAAAGUUAAAUUUGGAGAACUCCUGGGCCCAUCUCACUUGCCGUUGGUUGAGCACUCGUGCCGUCCUCCAAUACUCUAGGUUCUUGUGGUCAGUGCACACUUGCACCUUAUGUUGUGCGCCAAUUAGCAGGUGCCUCCAUCUCCGGAACGCCUCAUGAAUGGCUAGUAGUUCUCGGUCAUACACCGUGUAGUUCCUCUCGGAUUUGUUCAGCUUUCGCGAAAAAAGCACACGGUCUCCACUCUGACUCCUCCUUCCCUGGCUGCAGAAGCACCGCCCCAAUCGCUCUGUCUGAUGCGUCAGUUUCCACUCUCAUCGGUUUUUGUAAAUCCACAUGCAGGAUUUGUUGUUCCGAGGCGAAGGCCCGUUGUAGUUCCUCAAAUGCUCGCUCCGCCUCCUCAGUCCAAACGAACUUCUUCUUACUGCUGAGACAGUCCGUAAUGGGCGCCGUCAGGUGGGCAAAGUUUCGGAUGAACUUACGAUAGAAGUUCCCAAAUCCUAGGAACCUCUGCACAUCCUUCCUUGUUUUGGGUGUUUUCCAUUCCAGCACCGCCUGGACCUUGCCGGGAUCCAUGGCCAAUCCCUUGUCUGACAGGCGAUACCCCAGGAAUUCCACCUCCUUGGUAUGAAACUGACACUUCUCCAGUUUCACCCACAGCUGGUUGGCUUGCAGCCUGCUCAACACUUCUCUGACGUCUUUCACAUGCUGCUCCUCAUUCUCAGAAUACACCAACACGUCGUCUAAGAAGGCCACACAAUUCUUGUAAAGCAAAGGCCCCAGGACGUGGUUCAUAAACGAUUGAAAGGUUGCGGAGCCUGCUUGUAGGCCGAAGGGCAUAACCAAAUAUUCAAAUGCCCCUAAAGGGGUGAACAUGGUGGUUUUUCCAUUCAUCCCCCUUCCUUAUUCGUAUCAGGUUGUACGCCCCCCUUAGGUCCAGCUUUGUGAAAAUCUUUCCCUUCCGCACCCUUGUCAAAAUGUCGUCAAUCCUGGGCAUAGGGAAGGCCACUGGUUCUGACACUGCAUUUAAGGCCCUGAAGUCACACACCAGCCUCGGCUUGUUCGUGUUUUUCUUAUCCACAAAAACACUGGGCUGCCCCCACCGCCCUGGACUCUCUGAUGAACCCUCUCUUCAGGUUCUUGUCAAUGAACUCUCUUAGCUCCUGCAUCUCUCUGUCUGACAUGGCGUACAGCUUGCCUACAGGGAGCUGUGCCCCAGGGAGUAAAUUGAUUUGACAGUCAAAGGGUCUAUGCGGGGUAGUUGGUCAGCUUCCCUUUCGCUGAAGACGUCGCGGAGAUCUGCGUAUUGUCGUGGUACCUUCACGUUCUCCGUUACUUCAGUCCCUGCUAGGGUGGCUUGGGCUCCUGCCAAACCCUUUCCCUCUUUGCAGUGUUCUAAGCAAUGUGCUGAACCAAAAGAAACCACUCUCUGAUGCCAGCCCACCAGCGGAUCAUGUAACGCUAGCCAGCUCAUCCCCAAUAUAAUGGGAGCUCCUCCCAAGGUGGCCACAUUAAACGCGAUCAGUUCGGUGUGCCUUGCCACCUUCAUUAUCAUUGGGACGGUCUGCAAGCUGACUUCUCCUCCCAACAGCUCUGGUGUUCAGCUGCAAACUCUUUGCUCAUGAAAUUGCAGGAGCUGCCUGAGUCCAACAGCGCCUUUAUCUUUAGAGGGUGUCCGUUUGGCAGCUCUAGCGCCACUUCUAUCACUAGGGCGGGUUUAGGAGGUUCUGGCGUGGGCACUCUCACUGCUCUUUGGCCUGGCUGCUGUGCCCCGACGGUGGCAGCCAGGCGUUGGCUUUUACUUGCUCCGGUAUUGCUUCCUCUCUUCCCUCCACAGCUCCUACCAUCCCUUGCCAUUCCUUCCUCUGGGGGCAGACUCUGGCAAAGUGACCUGGCUGUUGGCAGAGAUAGCAUUUCCGGGCGCGUUUUCCCUCCUUCUUUCCCCCCCUCACGGGGCUUUGAAACUGCGCGCGCGCGCUGUUCCGAUUUCCAUCGGCUCUGCCGGCGGGAAAGUUGGCUCUGGUAUGUCUGGAAUGCGGAACUCCUUCCAACGUUCCCCUUCCCUUCCCGCCUCUCCAAUGCUCUCGCCUCCUGGCGCGCUCCUAUGGUCAGCGCUGAUUUGGUCAGCUGGUCCAUAGACUCCGCCCUGGGCGCCCGGGAAAGUUCGUCUUUCACAGCCGAAGAAAGCCCUUCUUCAAAGAGCAUUUGAAUGGGUUCCGCCGAUAAGUCCCACCCCAAUCUGUGAACCAGCAUGGUGAACUCAGUCCAGUACUCACGGACAGAUCGGCUCCCUGUUUGCAAGCCAUUAACUGUCUGCGCACCACUCCCUGUUCAAUAUCGCUGGAAAACAUCAGAUCCAUGGCGCGAAAGAACUUCAUCGUGUCCUUUAGGACGUCACUAUUCGCUGCCAUCAGGGGUCUAACCCAGUCUCUCGCCCCUUUUCAAGAUGCCCAAUCACGAAAGCCACUCGUGAUUCCUCGUCAGGGAAUUCAUCAAACUGCAGAUUGAGGGCAUAUUGCAUCUCUGUCCGAAAGCCAUGAUAGUCUUUGGGCUCCCCCCCAAACUUCUGCACCAAUCCUGGUACCUUUCUGGCGAGCUGGGUGGCUUUCCCUUUUGUCUGCAUCCUGAGCCCUCCUCUCCUCAAGCCUCGCCGUCUGCAGCGCUAGCUGGACCUCCAACACCCGGUACCUUUCUUCCAGGCUUGGACCCGCUCCAGCUCCUGCUUCUCCGGUUCCGGCUGGGUUGCUCAUGAUGCCUUCUCCUGCACAAGCUGCUUUCAAAGACUGUCGGAAUGCUGUGAUGGGAUGAGGAGCUGCUUGUGCGUAAAAUAGUAUCCCCUCAGAGUUUGUUCAAGUCCACAAACCUCUGUCUGUGACGGAGCCCCUCAGACAUGGCUCCUCUAGUCACUAGCAGAUUCCGACAGUGGUUGCUUUCGGAAUCGCUUCCAACAUAAAAGCUCCUUAACGGAAACACGUCUUCUGGACUCUCUGCGUGACAGUUUCCGGCGAGGAGUGGGUGUUCCUACAGGAGGUCCUGAAACCUCCCCACUGUUUUCGCUGGAAGUGUCUCUGAGCCAUCCCUCCAGCUCACUUUCCCUCAGCUCAGCUCCUCUCCCCCUACUGGUUCCCUCUUCAGCUGCUGAGUCUCUCCCAACCUGUGUGAGCCCUUUCACCUCCCUUCCUUCCGAUGGCAGUUCCCUGACACUUGCCUAAGCAAAAAUGUUUUAAUCGGGCACCGAAACCUGUAUGACAUGUUGGUAACUUGCUGGGAAUGGAGGCCCAUGGGAAAUGGGAUUUCACCCCCUUCUUCCCAUAGCUAGGGAGAACCUCCAGUCGCUUUUGGACUCCAACUCCAUCAGCCCUGGCCAGCGAUGAUGGCGGUUGUAGUAUCAGAAUGUUCUCUGCCUCCCAGCCGCCAGGAAUGAUGGGAGCUGGAGUCUAGCCGUGUCUGGGCAGCGCCAGCUUCCCCAGCCCUGCUCUGACCGAUGAGUCGCCUCAGCCGCCACCCCUCUGCCAUCUUGCCUACCUCACGUUGCGAUUCUUCCCCCUGACGGCCGCGCCGGUUCUCUCCCUCAGGCGACCCACCGCCCAGCGUCCCCAAGGCAGCCGCCGGGGACGGGAGCGAUGCUGAGGAGGAGCCAUACAAGCGCCGCAACCAGGUCCUGUCGGUGCUGGUGGGCCUGGUGGCAAUGGUCGGCUACGCUCUCCUCACCGGUAUCGUCUCGGUCCAGAAGCAGCAGCCCCGGCCCGGCGGCCCUCGCGCCAUCGCCCUCGAGGAGGAAGAAGAGGAGGAAGAGGAGUGAGCUCCGGGGACCUGCACUGCGUUCUCCAAACGGACCGUUGUUUUUGUACCUCGCUGGACCCAGACCGUCCCUGUUGCCCCUUCAGACUCUACCCUCUUGUUCAUUCCAGAAUCAUGGGGGUGGGUGCCCAGCCGGGCCCAAUAAACCUCUGUGAACCAACCUCUGCCAGACGACUUGCUUUCGCUUUGCGUCGCCAACCUCUAAGCCGGAUCGAAACCUGAUGUUUGGGGGGGAGACGGCCGUCAAAGGGUCCAGACCGGCCUUCCCUCCCCAGGAAAUUUGAGAUCCAGGAAGUUCCCAAACUGUGGUCCAUCGACCCUCAGCGGCCUUUAAAGCUUUGCUGAGGUAGUCCGUGGCAUUAAAUAUCCUUACUGAGGGUUUUUUAAAACAAUAAAAAUAAGAAUUGUUGCUUCUUUUCUUUCUUAGAUUGCAUUUUUGUAUUGCAUUGCAGUUUGAAUUCCGUGGAAUGUGAAUGGUAAUGCAAUAGAAUAUCAGUGUAAAAAAUAGAAAAGCAAUAAAAUGCAAUUUUGAAAUGCAA